GUGAUCUCUCGACAUGAAAAAGUAGCAUUUUAAAUAACCGAAUAAACUUGCCAGAAACUUUGUUAUCACAAUAUAAUAACAUGUACAGCGUCAAGUAUCGAACACGUGGCGUGAGUGGUUCCCAUGUUGUCCCCCAGGUCAAUCUUGCGUGACGUGACGCGUGACGUGGUGGUCCAAUCCGCUAGGUUGACGACGUGGUUAGACUGAUGACAUUGACAAGGAUCGCCUGGUCUGAGUGAUAGGAAAAAGUCGCCUUUUAUUCCCUGCUAGGUCUGCACAGUCGCGGAAGUUCUAUUUAAAAUGCCGCGGGUAAACUGAGCUGUGUAUUAGAGAACUUGGUGUGACUACUAGUUGAGCUGUUCUGGUAGAGUCAAGUCACGUUUUGUGCUCCAGUUUUUGGAAGUUGGAACAAUGUUUACACGAGAAAAGUCCGUGAGGAAUAGCAGGGAGCAGUGCGUGGACGGGGGUGCGCUGGGGGCAGAGGGUCGUGUGGCCCCGUCAUUCUUGAGGACGGUGCACGCCUGUGUAUGUUGGAGGCUGGCUGUGUCAUUGGGAUUAUGGCACUGCCUGUUGUUGGGUGUAGUCCAGCCCUUUAAUCUGGAUACAAGUGCCCCUGUGUCCUACGAAGGACCCACUGACAGCUACUUCGGAUAUUCUGUUCUCUUGCACGAGAACUCGGCAGGGAAAUCGGUGUUAGCCGGGGCCCCCACGGCAAACUCAGUAUACCAGCGAUUGUUGCGAAGGCCAGGAGCAUUAUAUCAAUGCGGACUCUCCUCACAACGUAUUGGAAUACGAUGUCAGCAGGUUAAAUUAGAUGACAAAGGAAAUGAACGCAGUGUGCCCGGCUCUAGACCGCGCUUCCUUGAUGCCAAAGACAACCAGUGGUUAGGGGUGUCACUAACUCGUCAAAACAUUGGAACAACGGGGAGAGUCACCACCUGCGCUCAUCGAUGGGCCAAUGCGUACUUUGAGAGUAUCGCCGAGGUGGUGAUGCCCAAUGGCGUGUGCUUCACCAUGGACAGCGACUUGCAAAUUCUCAACAAGAGCAUUCCGUGUAUCCAUGAAAUCCAAAUUAAGUCCGAUGCCAACGGCAGAGGCAUCGCUUGGCACGGAUGGUGCCAGGCUGGUUUCAGCGCCGAGUACACCGCAGACGGAGAAACCCUGAUGGUAGGAGCAGUGGGAUCCCUCGCUUGGCGAGGAAGUGUUGUGUCUAUUGAUAACACAAACGCUAUGAGGAUGUCUGAUGUGACUACUUGGUACCCGACUGGGGAGGAGGAUGAAAGUUACAUAGGUUAUGCUGUAACGUCGGGUAACUUUGUGUCGAAGUCAACAACCCAAGGUGCCGCGGGGGCUCCCAGAGCUUAUCAGAAGGGCAAGGUGUAUAUCUAUGAUCUACAGGACUUUACACUUCUGUCGCAGGUGGUCGGCGAAAUGAUGGGUACCUAUUUUGGUGCAGCUGUGAGAGGGAUGGAUCUAAACAAUGAUGGUUUGACUGACCUUCUUGUAGGAGCACCGCUCUACUCUGUAACGCAGGAUGAAGGCAGAGUGUACAUAUACAUUAACGAUGGUAAUGCCAUCAUGCGAAAGUUGCCCGACCUACUGUCAGGCUCCAAUGCUGCGAACGCCAGGUUUGGGUCUGCCAUUGCUGACUGCGGCGAUCUAAACAGAGAUGGCUUCAACGAUGUUGUAGUCGGUGCACCCUUUGAAGAUGACACCAGCGGUGCAGUGUACAUCUAUCAUGGUGGGGAGAUGGGGCUCAAGACCACCUAUGCUCAGAGGCUGUCUGGGCAUUCCUUCAUCCCACACCUCAAAUCGUUUGGCAGUGCGAUAUCGGGCGGGGUAGACAUGGAUGGCAACAGCUACCCGGAUCUGGUAAUUGGAGCCCAUCAGAGCAACAAGGCUGUGCUGUACCUAAGCAGACCGGUCAUUAAGAUGGAGGCGUCCGUUGUCGUGCAAGGCACACCCAUUGAUCUCAACCGCACUGCGUGUCUGUUUCAGGGCCGACCGGUACCCUGUGUUUGGGUUCAACCUUGCUUCAUGUAUAGUGGCGUAGGUUUACCGAAAAAUGUCGCCAUAAAUUUCACUCUGGAGGCUGAUGGACUCAAGAGACAGACUGGUCUUCCGGGCCGGGUCACUUUUGUUGAGAACGGCAUCCGUCGUGGGAGCACCAUCUCCCACAACUUAGAGCUGCGACCGAAUCUGCCCACGUGUUUGCCCAGGGAGGCUCAUAUUGAUGUCAACAUGAAAGACUACCUCAGCUCUCUGCCUUUCCGUUUGACCUUUGACAUCAGGACAGCAGAAAACUCAGAUGGUCCGCCGAUAACUCAGUGUAGUGGAUUAUGCCCCAUUCUUGAUAUGUAUUCGCCCAGUAAGAUUGUAGAACAGGUUGGUUUCAUUUUCAACUGUGGUGAGGACUCUAUCUGUGAGACGGACCUUCGCUUGCAAGCAGCGUUACAUCCCGCAAGGGGUACGUCUUACAUAUCCUACGGCAAUGAGGAGAACCUGUUUGUUGAUAUUACGCUGACCAAUCACGGUGAAGAAGCCCAUUUGGCGCAGGUCAUCAUCACACAUCCCGAAGACAUCACUUUCGUCCGUGUGGAAAGUAACAGGAGGAAGGAAACGAUAGUGCUCUGCGGGCCAGAAAAAGGAGAAAACAUGACAGCCAUGGUGGUGUGUGAUGUGGACAACCCUAUGAAAGCUUUUUCCAAGAGUUCAUUCAGAGUGAAGCUCUUUAUUCCGUCUUUGACGUAUGAGACCACCAAUGUCCAGAUCACGGUAGAGGCCCGAACGACAAGUACGGAGGCCAACAGCACACUGCAUGAUAACAAGAAGGAGAUGAGCCUGCCUGUCAAAGUCGAGGGAGACGUCACCAUAUCUGGGGUGACCCAUCCGGCUGAAGUCAUAUUUGGUGAGAAAAAGAGGAAAAAUCCAAUCAGUGCUGAGAGGACUGGAGCAGUGGAUGGGAUCGCUGUCAACCUAGUGGCAAACUCAACAGGGUUGAUUCAAAACGGAACCGACGAAGCCAGCAUUGGCCCCAAGUUCAAACACAUUUAUGAUGCACGGAACUUGGGCCCCAGCACAAUCCCUUACCUGACAACAGUCAACAUCACCCUUCCUUGGAAGACGAAAGAGGGCGACUGGUUGCUGUACUUCACUCACAUUGAGUUAGAGGGCACAGGGAGAUGUGAAUACCAGCACAUAUUACAACAGCAGCAUCAGCAGCUGGAGACGUACCGAUCCAGUGAGGUCACCUCCAAGGGGAGCCCCCUGUCAUUUUUUAGCUCGGGAGAGUGGAUUGUCAAUUGUCAGACGGCGCAGUGUGCCACCAUUUUCUGUGUGACUGACAACCUGCGGAUGGGCGAGGGCGCUGUGAUUAAAAUCCAGGCACGCUUCUAUGAGAAGACACUGAUUGAGUCUGGAUAUGACACAAUCAAGCUUCGUAGUGUAGCAACGGUCAAAGUAGAACAUCAUAAUAAUGUCCAUGUACAGCCAGUGAAUGGCCGGCCAGACAGUAUUGUGGUUCAAACCGUAGCGUACACUGAGUCGUCGGUAACCACGAAAGUUCCCAACUGGAUUUUAGCAGUAAGCAUAGUGGCUGGAAUCGUUUUGUUGCUGGGAGUAAUCUUGGUGCUGUGGAAGUGCGGUUUCUUCAGGCGGAAACAGCGGGAGGAGAUGCAGAAACUUAUCAACGACAAAGAUGAGACGGAAUCGCUCUACCACGACGGGGAUGCCAACCACCUCAAAGACCCAUUCCAAGACGAUGAGGACUGACCUUUGUGAAAGGUCAUCACAAGAAAUCUGGAGCAUGCCGCAGCCGCCCCCAUGCUUCAUCAUUGUUAUUUAUUUCAGCCCUUAGAAAUCGUAGAAAUCAGGAAUCAAGAAAAGCGGAUGUUAAACUGAAGCCUUACUGUGGAGAGAAGACAGUAAAAUUAAUGUUUGGUUAAGAGGAGAAAGGGCGCACUUGAAAGGAACGUUCUGGGAUAGGCCUGCUCAAGAGAGACCUGUGGUCCUACAAUCCACUUGCUGGUGAAGGGAAAAAUGAGAUGGAAUACCCAGAGAUGAAGGAUGAAGAACGUCUUGGAAGUUCAUUCCUGAUUAGAUUCUAUUUAAAAAUUCCAUGCUUCUUGCUGUUCAAUCAUAUUUAGGUCAUUAAAAACAACUUAGAACCAACAUUCCAGGAAAAUUGCUGAAAAUAAAGCCUGACGGUUGCUGAAAUUCCAAUAUAAGGAAUAGUUUUAAUUUAGUAAAAAUAAGAAGAAAAAACAAAUCCUAUCCACUUCAAAAUAUAUCUUAACCCUAACACUCCCAAAUCCUCCAAUUUCAGUACGAUUUUACAUACACCCUAGGGGGUUAGUGUUAAAGCACUUACAACUGUUGUCCAGUACCAGACAUCAUCCAUGGUUCCCUGCUUUAUUUGCAAUGGAUGCUGCUAUCAGCAACCAGCACUACCAACAAUAGAUUACUAAGUGGAUUUGUACUGGAAGUACGACUUCUCCGUGGUUUCUGUCACUUCAGGAAGAAGUAAAAUGUAGAUGACUUAACAGUGGGAUCAUUAUUUUUUAGCUUAACAUACAUAACUGGGUAGCCAGUCAAGUGUUAUAUGAAGAGCUGCUAGUUGUUUCACUGUGUGCUGAUUUCAUGUUUUUACACUAUGCAGGGUACCAGCGCUUCUAGAAACAUUUUAAACAAAUUGUACAUAAACCUACCUGCUAAUGCUAUCCAUAUUUUUGUAGUACCAAUAUAAAAUAGUUUGUUUUUUAGAAAUGAAUUUCAAGGUCGAUCACCUGAUUGUUUCACAGUAACAAGUAUACUUUUGAAUGGAAUUUUAAAACUUUAUUGUAAAUUGUAUCCGUCUGUUGGGUCAGUUUGAAAAAUAAUUUUUCUCAAAAAAUCAGAUAAAGUCUGUUGGGAGCCAGGUUUGUGAAAUGUACUUUCGAUCAGUUUGAAGAGCUGCCAUGUGUUAUCGAUUACUAAUACCGAUGGAUCACUUGGGUGUCGAUAGUCACUUGGGAGCCAGUUUAUUUCAACCUAUUGAGCCUGUCUGUAGUGGUCAUUCAUUCGUUCAAUUUAUCCAAUCAUUUUAGAUCCCUGAAGGGAGAGAUUUUAAACUUUUCCCAAGUUGCUAUAACUCUGUACUGUUAUUCAUAUCCAGGAUGAUUUUUAACUUGUGUUCUUCGAUGCUAAGUUACCUCAUUGCUGGAAUUAUCAGACUGGUUAGGAUUUCACAGGUGAUUUGUGAAGCAGGUGGGAGUCGUACCCAGUCCCUCCUGCCUAUUAAUAGUUAAAAUACCCUUGGCACUUUACUCAAAUUAAACCAAUGUACAAACUUCGGAUGAUGCGCUAUUUUUGGCCAUGUAAAUAUUGUAAAAAAUCUGUAAAUGACACUUCCAUACUAUUUUGUGCCUAGUGAAUAAUGCAAAAAAAUUCAAUGAAGAUGAAAUAAUGCAACUGUAUAUGGAACAGAAUUUAUAAGAUGUAACAAUGGUCUGAUAGUAAAGUGAUCAGUAAAGCAGUUUGUUAACCAUUUGAACUCGUGGAAAUGGAGUUAAAUUGAAAUUCUGGCGGCGAAGUACAGCUGGAUUUAAAUCAUAAUUUACAUUUGAUGUUGAAUUAAACCAUCAAAAACACCAUAGUUGUGAACCUUUUAAAGAGCUGCAUACUUUCAUGUUGGAAGGAUUUAGCGUUGCAUUCAAUUAAAUAUAAUCCAACAGUUUAAUAUUCCCGAAAUCUGAAUUUUGUCAUUUUUGGAUUAAAAAAAAAACAAACUGCAA